AUGUUAUCGCCUCAUAUAUUUUUGUGGUCAGUUGCAGAAAAUGUUUUUUCAGAAGCAAAAAGGAUUGUUUCAUUUUCAAAAGAACCUUUUCCUUAUGAAGAAUAUUAUAAAUUGAUUGCAACGGGUCUUGGAUGUCUUGAAACAUUGCUUUGUUAUGAUAAAUUGGAAGUAAAUAUUGAAAUAAAGACGAGAUUUCGUAUGGCAGAAGUGAUUUUUUAUGAAACAGAAGAUAUACAAAAAGCAGAAUGGAUUCUUAGUAAAGGUGUAAUUUUAGCACAAAGAAAAAAUGAAGAUAUAGAAACGAAAUUCGCAAUGCAGCAUUUGCAAAUUCGUAUAGUUGCUCGAAAAUCAUUAAAAACAGCACAAGUUUUGCUUAAAUCGUGUAUUGAAGAAGCAGAAGAACGUCAAAUGGUUGAUUGGAUUUAUAUUUUUUUAUUUUUACAGUUUGAUAUUUUGUCAUAUGCAGUAAAUCAAGAUUCAGAACGAAUGGGUCGUUUAUCUACUUUAAUGAAGAUCAUUUGUAUUGCUGAGAAUCGAAAUGAUAAUCUAGUUUGCAUUGUUGCGCGACUUUUUGAAACUUAUCUAAGAAUUGAAACAGAAGAAUAUCAAAUGGCAAAAAAAUGUUUAAAUUAUGUAUCAGCAAUACAAACAAAAAUUAGCAAUAUAUCUUUUUUGAAUAUGAUUAAAAUGAUGUUUAAUAUUUUUUUAAAUUUAAUUCAGGGAUAUGGAAAAGAAGCCAUACAUGAAUUGAGGGAUUUACAUCAUGAACUUGACGCAUUUGCAGAAGAAACUAACUGUUUAUAUCAAGAUACUCUUAAUUUACCGCUAAGUCAAAAUGGACUUAAUAUGAAAAUUUAUUGGUUUAAUGCUCAGCAACUUUUUAUAUAUGGCCAUAUUUUGUCUGGAAUGUGUUAUUUGCCAGAUUAUAGUUCUUCUAAGGCAGAAGUUUUCUUUAACGAAGGAUUAGAAAUGCUAAGAUAUGAUUUUGCUUAUGAUCAGUUUUUAACAAAUGGUUUACGAACAAAUAAGGAUUUGGAUUGGUUUGAAAUUACACGUCAAAUGUGUUUAAUUUAUUAUUGUUUUGCAUUAAUGUUAAGAUCUAAAUUUAAUAAAGCUUUUGAGUGUAUUGAAAUUCUUGAAAAGUACUCUUCAUCGUUUACUGUUAUUACGAGAGCAUUGUUUAUGCUUUUAAAGGGAACUUAUGCACAAUUCACUGGUCAAUUAGAUACAGCAUUGAAAGCAUAUGAAUCAAUACCUGUUUUUUUACAUGCAAUUAGUUUGGUAGGAAGUCUUAACUCUGUUCUUAUUUUUCAAGGAAAUCAAUUACAAGAUAAAAAACGAGUUUAUGAAAUACUUCAUAAUAUUGAACCAUUGUGUCAAUCAUCAAGUUUUACACAAUUAAAAUUUGCAUGGAAUUUAAUUAGUGGAUCUGCGGGAAAAGAUGUUCUAUAUUCCAAGAAUUCAUUGUCAUAUGUUGUAUCUGCAUCAGAAAAACAUACAAAUACUCAGUUUCGAGUUAUGGCUUUAAUAGCAUUGUGCUACUAUUUCAUUGUCCAUUCUGAAAGUGAACAGGCAGAGAAAAUGCUCGUAUCAGCUUAUUUACUUUCUAAGAAUGCUGAAAAUGAUAUCUGGGCUUUUAUGAGUGGAAACCUUUUACAAGAAUUAAUGAAAAAGAAAAAUAAAAAUAUAAAGGCUGAAAAACAAUUUCAACUAAAUUUAAAACACAAGGAACGUAUUUUAGAUAUAUUUAAUAAUACUAAUGCGAUUUCUAUAAACUGUUCACUCUAA